AUGCCCCGAGUUCCUGGCUUGCGACGGAAUAUUGAACUUCGUGUGUGCUGGCGCGAGCACCCAUUUGAGGUCGUAUGCAAGCCGUUGAAAAUGACGUGGCGUCAACAUGUGACUGCACAACUUCAAGAGCUUUCGCAAAAACGAGGACCACGCUCCACGAAAACUCAACGAAAACUAGCCAAUAUUUUGGAGGUGUUAUGGCAAAGCAACUCCUUCACCUUCCGCCACUUCACUCUCUCGGAGUCUCUCCUCGUUGCAGGUGGGAAGAUGAAAGGACUCCUUUGGAAAACGGUUUCCGAAAAUCGUCUUCACAGGAAUUUGUGGAAGGGUCACUCCAAAGAGACUAGUGAUGUGCCAGGCUCGGCCCAAAGCCGUAAGCCAGCCAGGGCCAGCCUUCCCAAAGCCGGGCCUUCUUGGGCCGUCGUCAAAGCCCAGGAAAGCCCAAGGCUCAGGCUCAUAAUACAUGAAGCCUUGAGCCGUGGCCUGAGCCAUGGCCUCAAAGGUUGGCAGGACCUUGCUUUGGAGAGAUUCUACUGUGAUCUUUAUGCUAAAAAGUUUCAUAUCCAUGUUCAAAAGGUGACCCAUGAGCCGUGGCCUGAGCCUGAGCCAGGCCUGAGCCAGCCUAAAGCCUUGCAAAAAGCUCAGGCUUGA